AUGAAUUAUUUUAACAUAUUUCGAUGGUUUAACAAACGAAGACGUCGUGCUAAUGCUAAUCUCGAAUCAUUGCGCCGUGAUAUAGAAACAGACAUUCACCUCCAACCGUUGGAAGAUUUGUUACAAAGAUUAGAAACCGAUGCGACGCAUGGCCUUUCCAUGAACGUUGCACGCGCUCGUUUAACCGAAACUGGCCCAAAUACACUGACGCCACCGAAAAAACCUUCCAGCUUGUUAAAAUUCUUACGUCUGUGUUUCGGAGGAUUUUCUUCGUUGAUAUGGGUAGGCGUUAUAUUAUGCUUGUGCAAUUAUCUUUUGGAACAUAGUACUUACGGUGAAGCGUCGAACGAGCAUUUGGGGCUCAGUAUCGUGCUUGUCAUAUUAAUUUUAGUCACGGCGAUGUUCAGCCAUUACCAGGAGUCGAAGAGUAAUAAAAUCAUAGAAUCGUUUCAACAGAUGUUACCGCAAAAGACCAAGGUUCUGAGGGACGGGCAAAAAAAGGAAGUGUUCGUAGCCGAAUUAGUCGUGGGGGACAUUGUCCUUUUGGAAACCGGUGAACGAGUACCCGCUGACAUUAGGAUCUUGGAAUGUCAAGGUCUUAAAGUGGACCAUGCUUCGAUUACCGGAGAAUCGAUUCCGCUUUUAAGAACGGCCAACAUUGUUCCAACAAGUGACGUGUUACAAGCUAAGAAUAUGGUUUUCUUCACAACAGACAUAGUGGAAGAAUGUCGCGCGACAGGGAGCGGAAAAGGAGUGAUUGUUGCCCGCGGUGAUCACACCGUGAUGGGUAGGAUCGCUAAGCUAACCUCUAAAUUGGCGCCAAGGCAGACGCCGCUCUCGCGCGAGCUCCAACGAUUUAUGAAAUUAAUAUCGUGCUGGGCAAUAUUCCUCGGGAUGUUGUUCUUCACUUUGUCCACCACUAUGGGAUACACUUGGAUCAAUUCAAUCACGUUCCUGCUCGGCAUCAUUGUUGCCAACGUGCCGGAGGGAUUGAUAGCCACUAUGACCGUUAGCCUCACGCUGACGGCGAACAAAAUGGCGAGCAAAGAUUGUAUGGUGAAACAUCUCGAGGCUAUCGAAACCCUGGGAUGCACCGCUGUUAUUUGCAGCGACAAAACGGGGACCCUCACUCAAAAUAAAAUGACCGUCCGGCACAUGUGGUACAGCGGGCAAUUGAGGGAGGUGAUGAUCUCGGACACGUGGAGGAAAUACAUUCACGACGUUGGCUUCAAUAAAUUGGCCAGGGUCGCGAGCCUGUGCAACCGGGCCGAGUGGGAGCCUUUGCCCGAGGGUAUCCCGAAACCGCCUUUAGCCAAGAGGAAGAUCUUGGGCGACGCCUCGGACGCGGCCCUCUUGAAGUGCAUGGAGGUGCUGGUGAAGGGUGGCGCGGAAUCGUUCAGGAGAGUGUGCAAAAAGAUGUUCGAGAUACCGUUCAACUCGACCGACAAGUUCCAAGCCAACGUUUAUCUGUGCGGGAAGAGGCACGUUGUUUUCCUGAAGGGGGCCCCGGAAAGGGUGCUGGAACGGUGCUCCACGGUCGCGUUCGACAACGAAACGAGGAAGCUCGACGACGAGGUCAAGCAGGCGUACACCGAGUCGUGCUACGUGCUGGCCAACAACGGGGAGCGGGUCCUCGGUUUCGCGGACCUCGACCUCCCCGUCUCCGCGUUCCCCCCCGGCUUCGUGUUCAACGAGGACCCCCUCAACUUCCCCCUCAACAACUUGAGACUGAUCGGUUUGAUAUCGAUGAUGGACCCGCCGAGGCCGACCGUGCCCGACGCCGUGUACAAGUGUCGUUGCGCGGGGAUCAAGGUGAUCAUGGUGACGGGCGACCAUCCGGACACGGCGCGGGCGAUCGCCAAAUACGUGGGCAUAAUAACGGACGACUUGCUGCACAACGAGAACGAGGGCAAGGGGCACUCGAUCGUUGUGACCGGCAUGGAGCUGAGGGAUCUCGAGCCCGAGGAGCUGGACCGCAUAAUAAGAAGGUAUCCGGAGAUAGUUUUCGCGAGGACGUCCCCCGUUCAGAAGCUUCAGAUCGUGGAGAGUUGUCAAAGGCUUCAUCUGAUCACAGCUGUGACCGGGGACGGCGUGAACGACGCGCCCGCGUUGAAGAAGGCCGACAUCGGCAUCGCCAUGGGGAUCGCCGGGUCGGACGUGAGUAAAGAAGUCGCGGACUUAAUUCUAUUGAACGAUGACUUUGCGUCUAUAGUGACUGGGAUCGAAGAGGGGAGAAGGCUGUUCGACAACCUGAAGUCGAGCAUCGGGUACACGUUGGCCAGCAACGUCCCGGAGAUACUCCCCUUCCUGGCGUUCAUCCUCCUCGGUAUACCGUUGCCAGUGGGCGUGAUAUGCAUACUGUGCAUCGAUCUCGGCACCGACAUGUGGCCGGCCAUCUCGCUCGCCUACGAGAAGUCCGAGUCGGACAUCAUGCUCAGGAAGCCCAGGAUACCGCUCAAGGAUCACCUGGUCAGCCGGUCCCUGCUGUUCAUGAGCUACGGCCAGAUCGGUAUAAUAGAGGCCUGCGCGGGCUUCUUCACUUACUUCGUCGUGAUGGCCGAGCACGGUUUCCUCCCUUACACCUUGUUGAACCUGAGAUCCUCGUGGGAUUGCAUAGUCGUGAACGACUUGCAGGACAGUUUCGGCCAGGAGUGGACGUACGAGCAACGAAAGAUACUCGAGUACACCUGCCACACCGCUUUCUUCGUCAGCAUAGUGAUCGUCCAGGUGGCCGACGUGGUGAUCUGCAAGACCAGGCGCAACUCCCUCUUCCGCCAGGGAAUGAACAACUGGGUGCUCAACUUUGGAAUAAUUUUCGAGCUGGUCGUCGCGUGCGUCGUCUGCUACGCCCCCUACAUGGACGUCAUCCUCCGCACCUAUCCCCUCCUCGCCGAAUGGUGGCUGCCAGGGAUACCGUACGCGUUGAUCAUUUUCACUUACGACGAGUUGAGGAAACUUUGGGUCAGGAAGAACCCCGAGGGAUGGUGGGACCGCGAGACUUGUUACUAAAAAUUAAUAAAUAUAUAUACGUAUAUAUAUAUUUUCCAUUCUACCGAAUAUUCCAAAACUACUCGCGAACACGUAUAUAAUCCCGAUAUAAAUAAUCCAGCUUUCCAAUCCCGACGAAAGAUUACCGAUCGUUGAAGAGGAAGAAAGAAGAAAGGCUCGUCGAAACACUGAGAGGAAAGAGAGAGAAAUACACGAAAUCUUGUUGUGUGUUUAUAUAUAUAUAUAUAUAUAUACAUAUAUAUAUAAAC